UGACAUCAGCUACUAAUAGAUAUUAUAGAGAAGACCUGCCACAACAACAGAUCACUUUCCCUUGUCAAGACAAGUUACCAGAAGUCAAGACCAUCCUCGUCACAUUCUCCACUCUCCUCUUCAUUCCUCUCCACUGUGUCUCUGCUUCCAGCUCACAGUACAUUCACAGCCAAAAGAAACCAGGUCUUGGGCCUGCAUCCAAAGAGGAGCCACACCUCUCUACAAAUAUCCAGCAAACCUCCUCCUUCACUCCUCACCCCUCCUCUUCCAGGCAGAGGGACCUUCUGCUCCCUGGCACACUAUCUUUGUGAACCCCUCCUCUCCACGUCUUCUGCCUCCUCCUGAGCCGCCAAGAUGGACCGCUCAACACAGGAGUUGUUCCUCAACUUCAUGGUCGUCUUAAUCACUGUGAUGCUGAUGUGGCUGCUGGUGAAAUCCUACCUGGACUAAGCUGUGGAGCAAUAACAGAGAAGAUGAAGGAGGGAGAAGGAGGUUGAAGUGAGCGGAGGGAAGCUGGCAUGGUUACUGUAGGAGAGUUAAACAGCGCUUUGCAGCUUGCCAUUUGUCUGGGGGCAGUAGUCAUUAAAAUUUGAAAAUUGAUAUAGCACUGGUCCAAAGUUACUGGUGCAAUAGUGUGUGGUCAGAAACAUGGGAUUUACUCCAAUUGUUACAGCCAAUGGCGAGAUCACUGAUUAUUGGCUUUCAGAUCAGCAUAUUCUUAAAUAUUUCAUGAAAAAUCAGUCAGAAUUUCUGACAAAAGCCAAAGGAGAAAUCAGGGCAGAAAUGGAAGGUGAAUAAAUAUAAGAUAACAGCAUCUGGGGACUUGAAUUUUUCACUGUGCAACCAGGAAACACUGUAAGGCUAUUCCACAAAAGUAGUGGCAUAGCCCUCUUCAUCAUGUCAUUCAACAUUUAAUGUUUUAAACCAUGCUGUCUUAGUCUAUAAAGGUGAAGUUAUCACAUUGUUCAGCCUGCACUAAAAUGAUGAAUGCACCUGUUUAUCGACAGAAGAGAAUGUCAACAUGGAUCACUGAGCAUUGUGAUUGUUUACUUGUUGCCAUAAAACAGUCUUUCACUUG